AUGGCGGUCUCACGCCAAUUUGAGACGACUGGAGACAUAUCGCGUACCUCGUCCCGCGUUGCACAUUCUCCACAUCUGUUCCUAAAUCGGCACACACCAGCAUCCCGUAAGCAUUAUGCAGUUCGUGACAUUGAUUCAGAUACAGUGAAACCUGAUCUUAAAUGUCUACGCAUCAUUAUUACCUACUAG